CUCACACACACCCGGUCCCGGUCGAUCCUAUCCCACACUAUGUAGACAGGUUCAGAAUCAAGAGAGCGCAUUUUCUGAGAAGACGUGGCGUCAACCGGUUUAGUGUUUAUUUCUCUCUCUCGGUUAUGGACUACAUUUGAGAGCGAGAGGAGAGGGAGAAAAGAAAGCCUGAACCGAGAAAACAAAUGUCUAGGCUCCUCUACAACAACAUCAUGGACUCUGUUCUCCUUUCAGUCGUUACGCUGGUAGUUGUUUUCGCCUCCUCUUCCUACUCUCUUUCCUCCUCCUCCGACGUCGUUCCCUCUCCUUCCUUCAUUCUACCGUUUACCGACUGUGUCCAGAGCCGCGGGAAAGACGGGUUCUACCAAGGGGCUGUGGACGUGACGGAGUCCGGUGCGGUGUGUAUGAGGUGGAGCGAGGUAGCGGGGUUUGAGGAGCGCUAUCCGGGUAGAGGGCUGGGGGAUCAUAACCGCUGUCGGAACCCGGACAACAGGAUCAGACCCUGGUGCUUCUUCAGGAACAGCCGCGGCAGAACCGACUGGGGCUACUGCGACUGUAAACAAGGGUCAGUGCGCCUGCAGGGCGGCCGCUCUAAGCUGGAUGGCAGGGUGGAGGUGUAUCUACAGGGGGUCUGGGGGUCUGUCUGUGGUGAUGACUGGGGAGACCAGGACGCUACAGUGGUCUGCAGACAGCUGGGACAGGGUUUCUCUGGCCGAGCGCGCUCCUCCGCCCUAUCUCCUCGAGGGGGUGCGGUCAGAAUGCACUGGGGGGCGGUCCACUGUCAGGGGCAGGAGCCUGAUAUACUGCAGUGUCCCAGUGUUCCAUGGAACGGAGGGGAGUGUCCCCACUCUGCAGCCGUCACCUGUACCCCAAUGGAAGUGGUAGCGUUGGUGCCAGUGAGGUUGGUGGGGGGGGUGUCAGCGUGGGAGGGGCGUGUUGAGGUUUUCCACGGGGGCGUGUGGGGAUCCGUCUGCGACGACCAAUGGGAUGAGAGCGACGUGGAGGUCGUCUGUCGACAGCUGGGCCUGGGGGGUGUAGCACGAGCGUGGGGUCAGGCGUAUUUCGGUGCGGGGUCAGGCAGGGUGUGGCUGGAUGAGGUGCGCUGCACGGGGAACGAGCUGACCCUGGAACAGUGUCCUAAAUCUGCCUGGGGAGAACACAACUGUCUCCACUCUGAAGACGCAGGGGUCUCCUGUACCCCUCUCACUGAUGGUUCAGUGCGGUUGUCUGGUGGGAGCAGUGAGGGCAGGCUGGAGGUGUUCUAUAGAGGUCAGUGGGGGACUGUGUGUGACGAUGGAUGGACUGACUCCAACACACAGGUGGUCUGUGGACAGCUGGGGUACAGAUCAGGGGAGUCUCUUCCUCCUGAGGGGUCAGAGGUCGGCCCAGGUGGGCAGUUUCCGGCGGGGUCAGGCCCCAUCCUAUUGGACGAUGUGAGCUGUACGGGGAAGGAGCCUAGCCUAUCACUGUGCAGCAGGAGGGAGUGGCUUAGACAUGACUGUUCCCACAAGGAAGAUGUCAACGUCCGCUGUAGGGACAAGCUCACACACACCCUGCACACUGGACUCUCUGUGGGCUCAGUGUCUCUCCGUAACAUCCUGUCUCCCUGGGGUGUAGCACGAGCGUGGGGUCAGGCGUAUUUCGGUGCGGGGUCAGGCAGGGUGUGGCUGGAUGAGGUGCGCUGCACGGGGAACGAGCUGACCCUGGAACAGUGUCCUAAAUCUGCCUGGGGAGAACACAACUGUCUCCACUCUGAAGACGCAGGGGUCUCCUGUACCCCUCUCACUGGUGUCCCGGUGAGGCUGGUAGGAGGGGAGAGCGUUAAUGAGGGGAGAGUAGAGGUGUACCUCCAGGGGACCUGGGGGACGGUGUGUGACGAUGGAUGGACAGACGUAAACGCAGAGGUGGUGUGUCGACAGCUGGGACACAGUGCGGCGCCCAGCGGCGCUGAUGGCGUCGAUGCGUCGAUGCGGCGCCCAGCGGCGUCGACGAUGCGCCCAGCGGCGCUCGAUGCGCAGCUGCGUCCAGCGGCGUCGAUGCGCGCCCAGCGGCGCCGAUGCGCGCCAAGCGGCGCGCGAUGCGCUGAUGCGCCUGAGCGCGCCGAUGCGCGCUCCAGCGGCGCUGAUGCGCGUCUAGCGGCGUCGAUGAUGCGCCCAGCGGCGUCGAUGCGCGCCUAG